GGAUUAAGGGUAGAUUUAAAAUCUGUAUUUAGGUUCAAGACAUGAAAAUAAACUGAGAGUCAGGUGUGCUUCAGGUAUAAAAACUGCAAUGCCGACUGGUCGCUCACAACUCUGAAUUGGACCUUCCUGCUUCAUCUUGCCGCUACCCCUACAAGAAUGGACUUCCAAAUGUUUGCCGUGGUCAUGCUGUUUCUGGCCAGCGUGGAGCACAGCCUGGCCAGCUGCGUGGUGGACAGCUUCACCGUCAAACAGGACUUUGACCCCAAAAGAUAUGCAGGCAAGUGGUAUGCCUUGCAGAAGAAGGAUCCUGAGGGUUUGUUCCUUCAGGACAACAUUUCUGCCGAGUACACUGUUGGAGAUGAUGGCGCUAUGGUGGCCUCCUCCAGGGGAAGAGUCACACUGUUUGGGUUCUGGGUGGUAUGCGCUGACAUGGCCGCUCAGUAUUCUGUGCCAGACCCUGAAAGCCCGGGCAAGAUGUUCAUGAACUACCAGGGAUUGGCCAGCUAUCUGUCCAGUGGAGGUGACAACUACUGGAUCAUUGACACCGACUACGAUAACUACGCCAUCACCUACGCCUGCCGCAGCCUGAAGGAGGACGGAAGUUGCGAGGACGGCUACGCCUUGGUCUUCUCCCGCAACCCCCGCGGCCUCCCACCUCCUAUCCAAAGAGUCGUGCGCCAAAAACAGGAGGAAAUCUGCAUGGGGGGUCAGUUCCAGCCCGUGCUCCAGUCCGGAGCUUGCUAAACAUGUCGCAACCAACAGCUGGAGAGAAAGAACUUCAGAGUCAUCGUGGUGGGCAUGAAAUCAGUACACCAUUAAAGCUAACCCAAGAGACAAGAAGAAUCCUGUCUUGUGUAAAAUUGUCAUCAUUGUUCCCGUUGUCAUGGCAGAACGCCUCAGUGUAAUAUAAUGCAGUUGCCAAGAUAAAGAGAAAAAAAAACGUCCUUUGUGUUUGCCUGAACAAGAUGACACAACCCCCCCUGCCCCCUCUUAACAGUCUUGUCGUUAUCACGCAGAUGGAUGAAAUCUGUACUGUUCCAUCAUUCUGGAGUACAUUUUAUUAAAAACAAAAACAACUGCAAGGUU